ACAGUGUCAUGUCACUCUUAUGUCAAUACUGUCAAGUAAAGUGUAACCAAUAUUUCUGUGAAAAUGUAGGGGAGUAAAGUGAAAAGUUGUUAGAAAAAUAAAUACUCCAGUAAAGUACAGAUACCUGAAAAUGCUACUUAAGUACAGUGCUAAGUAUUUGUACACACACACACGGUGAACUACAGUAUGGCAGGAGAAUUACUGGCAAGUGCUGUAUGCUGACUGACCCAGAGUCCAACAGGAAACCACAAAGUUGUUUUCAAGAGAGAGCGCCCGCAGUUCUCGGUGCCCUACAUUUCUCAAACACACACACACAUUUUAAUGUUUUUAUUUGGACCUUCAGGUUAGACAGGUAGGGUCUCGCGCCAAUUACUCAAGGCCGUGCGGAUGCAUUAGUUUUGGCAACGCAACAGUCAAUCAAGAAAAAAAACUCGCACACCAUUAUUUGCUGUUGAAAAAUAAAUAAAUAAAUAAAAAAGUGUUUAAUCCAUCAAGCCAAGGUGCCACCAAGUGAGGUGAUGUACAAACGUUUCGGUCCUCAGACCUUAAUCAGUGCAAACCGACCUUUGCACUGAUUAAGGUCUGAGGACCGAAACGUUUGUGAGCGGGUGAAUGAGUGGGUCCACCACUACGUUAUUCAGUUCAGCUGUGGCGCUGCCUGGUCUCGCCCACUUCAGAUGUAUUUCAGUCCGAUGAAGUCUAGCCCACACCUUAGUCCAACCUCACACCUAAUCCCGCCGUUUUAAUGUCUAGUUUGCCAUUGCCAUUUCACUACUGGUUACAUCCUUGGAAGUCGUAACACAAGGGAAGUUCAGACACAAACGUUAUAGCUAUCUUUUCCAGACAGAUCUGCAGAGCAAAUUCAAAUGUGCUAACAGGUUCAUCUGGGUUCCCCCAGGGCAGGCUACCUCAACUGGUCCGUGGUUCUGGCCUGCCCUUUAAUGGGGUCCAGUGUGCAUUCCAGGCAGGGAAGGCAACACAAAGUUUUGCAAGCGCACAAGAAGUGUCCUCACAUACCUGUGAACCUUCCUGAUAUACACCAUCAACUGAUUACCUCCUCAGGCUCCCAGUGCACACAAGAAAUGUUCUCAUAAAUAGCCUAGAGAUUCCUCUGCAGCAUGGCGUCAUCAUCCUUAACUGAGGACAUGGCCCGAGAGGCCUUCAUCGAGUACGCCCACAGCAAGUGCUGUUAUGGUACAGCCCCGGCCAAAGAGAUGGUCAUCACUGGAAUGGAGGCCUUCAACACAUACAGGUAUCGCCUUGUGACAUUCUGUGAGACCAGAUCUACUCAUCAGAGCUUCGAACCCUACAUUGGGCAACCUGUCGAUGCACCCUCCAGAAAUGCAGUUCCAGACAUUUGGGACAUCCCUGUGCAGGCUCCAAACUUCUUCGAGCACCAUAAAGAAAAGGUCAGAGUGCCCCACACGUCAUCCGUGAAGCGUUGUCCUCCUUGUCUUGGAAAGGGCAAAAUCCUUUGCGUAUGUUGUGCUGGACUCGGGAAUAGACUCUGCAUGUGCGGUGGCCGUGGUUACCAAAUAUUAAUGGAUGGACGGCGCUAUCCUUGCAUGGCAUGUGGAGGAAGGGGACGAGUCAUCUGCUGUGGUUGCCGUGGUCAAGGCUUUAGUAAAUGCAUCUGCUGCCUUGGCACAGGGAAGAUCCUGGAGUUCACCAAGCUAAAGGUCAAAUGGACUAAUCACACAGAUAAGGAGUAUGUGGCAGAGCAGGCCUGUGGCAUCAGAGAGGAGAAACUUCAUAAAGUGUCGGGGAAGAGAAUCUACAAGGAUACACAUCAGCUGGUAAAUUAUGUGAGAGACUUUGCUGAUCCUGCUGUGGUUGAAGCAUCACAAAGGCUGGUGAAAGAACACCAUAAUGCCUUCAUCUCCAAUCACUCACGCAUACGGCAGCAGCGCCAGACCAUUGAGCUGAUCCCCAUCACUCGUGUCAGCUACACGUGGAAGGGGGAAUCCUUCGAGUACCUUGUGUUUGGGGAGGAGUGCAAAGUGACCACUGAGGACUACCCUGCCUCCUGCUGCUGCUGCUGUGUCCUGUUGUAACCACUUG